UAAACAGGGGCGAGACGCCAGAGACUUGAUCAGUCGGUUCUCUUCGAGCGAAAAACAAACUUUCAACAUGUACAAUCCAUUGGCCAUGCUGCCCUUGCACCUCGUUUGUCAGCUGAUAGACCGCAAUAACUUAAACGUGACGAACGUCGGCUUAGUCUUAGAUCGGACGUUGGUGCCGAAGGUCGCCACCGAGUUACCUGAUGGCUACGGGGUAUUCCGGGGCUUCGGAGUUGCCUACAAGUUCUACAAGAACAGGCUCCCGUGGGAUAAGGCCCAAGAUAUUUGCAUCGCCGAUGGAGGAUCCUUGGCUGUUAUAGACUCGUUCCAGAAAAUGGAAGUCGCGACGGUACUGAUGGAAACCGGCGCAUAUCCAUGGGUUGGAUUUCACAGAAUCUUCGACAACACCGAAUGGAUCGACGUGAAAACCGGUUUACCAACAGUAGCGAUACCGUGGAGAUCCGACUCGGGGGUUUUUGAUCUUGCACGAAAAUGUGUCGCUAUGUACCCUGAUAGAACUGGACUAUACGCGGAACGAUGCAACAUUUUGUAUCCUUUCAUCUGUGAAGUUCCAAUAUUCAAGGAAUGAGAACUGCACUUCAGUUUUAACCAGAUAAUGUACUAUAUGUAACCAAUAAAUGGCA